GGGUAGGGGGCGGCCCGGAGCGGUGCUGCCGGGAUGGGAGUUUGAGAGGGGACGAGUCCGCGUCCGGACGGGAGCGGGGACGGUCUCCCGUGGGGGUUGGUGUUGGUGGGGUUGAACCCGCACCAUGGAGCCGGUGACCAAGUGGAGCCCAAAGCAGGUGGUGGACUGGACUAAGGGCCUGGAUGAUUGCCUGCAGCAGUAUGUCCAUAAAUUUGAAAGAGAGAAAAUAAAUGGAGAACAGCUGUUACAGAUCUCUCACCAGGACCUCGAAGAGUUGGGUAUCUCACGGAUCGGACAUCAAGAACUGGUUCUAGAGGCUGUGGAUCUCUUAUGUGCACUGAACUAUGGCCUUGAAACAGAUAAUAUGAAGAACCUGGUUCUCAAACUGCGAGCAUCAUCCAACAAUCUGCAAAAUUACAUCAGCAGCCGUAGGAAAAGUUCAAGUUAUGACGGCCAUACUUCUCGCAAGCCCCCUAAUGAAUUCCUUACUUCUGUGGUAGAGCUUAUUGGUGCUGCUAAAGCCUUGCUUGCAUGGUUAGACAGGACCCCAUUUACAGGUAUUGCUGACUUUUCAUCAAUGAAGAACAGUAUCAUUCAGCUAUGCUUGGAUCUCACUACUACUGUUCAGAAGGACUGCACUGUAGCUGAAAUGGAAGAUAAAGUUCAGACUGUAGCCAAGACUCUAAAUGUUAUAUGUGAUAAAGCCAUUCGAUCAACUACAGAUCCAUUGAUGAGCCAGUGUGCAUGUCUGGAGGAGGUUCAUUUAACUAACAUUAAACCUGGAGAAGGCCUGGGAAUGUACAUCAAAUCAACUUAUGAUGGAUUACACGUAAUUACUGGAACUACAGAAAACUCCCCUGCUGAUCGAUCUCAGAAGAUUCAUGCUGGUGAUGAAGUGAUUCAGGUUAACCGCCAAACUGUGGUUGGAUGGCAACUAAAAAACCUGGUGGCAAAACUGCGUGAGAAUCCUGCUGGAGUGAGGCUGCUGCUUAAGAAACGUCCCACUGGCUCUUACCAUUUCACUCCUGCUCCACUAAAGAACCUGCGCUGGAAACCACCCUUGGUGCAGACCAGUCCUCUGCCAACUUCAACCCAGUCACCAGAAAGCACCAUGGAUACCUCACUGAAAAAGGAGAAGCCAGCCAUUUUGGAUCUGUACAUACCACCUCCACCAGCUGUUCCGUAUUCUCCUCGAGAUGAAAAGGGAAGUUUUGUAUAUGGAGGAGGAAACAAAUUCAGUCAGCCACUGCCUGGGUCCAAGGGUGCCGAGUCUCCCAAUUCUUUUCUGGAUCAGGAGAGUCGAAGGCGAAGGUUUACUAUUGCUGAUUCGGAUCAAUUGCCUGGGUAUCCCAUGGAAGCACAUAUCUUGCCAGCCAAGAUGAGGGAAAAAACACAGUCCUAUGGAAAACCUCGUCCUUUGUCAAUGCCUGCUGAUGGGAGCUGGAUAGGAGCUGCAGAGCCCUUCUCCAGGCCACGAGCACCAGGGAGAAAAGGUGAAGAUGUCCUCUGCAGGUACUUCAGUAACGAAAGGAUACCCCCAAUCAUUGAAGAAAGUCCCUCCACACAACACCCCCUCUCAAGGCCAGUGUCUGACAAGCACUUAGUGAGGGGAACAGAUUAUAUUCGAGGCAGCAGGUGUUUUAUGAAUACAGACCUCCACAACAGUGCAACAAUUCCCUUUCAAGAGGAAGGUGCUAAAAAAUCCUCUGUUACAUCAUCCACAAAAUCUUCCUCUGCUGAGCCCUCGCUGCUGGUCAGUUGGAUCACAAGACUGAAAUUGUUGACUCAUUGACUAUUGUUCACAGGACUGUUACCAAGUGCCUUUGCUCAUCGGUCAGACUUAACUACUUUACAGCUUAACUGAUGCAUAGUGACUAAUGCAGCAUUCUUUUCCUGGAGAAUCUUACAUUGUUGCCUUUUUGUGAUUUUUUUUGAUGGAUCAGAGGGUUUCAUAGUGCAAGGAGGGAAGAAUGACAAAGAACAAGUUCCUCUUCCUGGCCAGAAGCUGAGGGCAUUUAUUCCUUGGAAAUGUGUAAAAUUUCAGUGAUACAGAAGCCACACAUGACCUGAAUGAUGCACUAUGACUAUGCAUGGUAAAUCUAUGCAUUACCAUGAAGUUCAGUGGUGCUUCAGUUGUCUAAAUGCUCAGAGGCUGGUGUGACUGGCUGGGUAUCUUGAGUUUGUAGAGCUCAGGAAAAGCUGUGUUGCUCUCCUGCCCAGGAAAGAGAAGUAGGAAAAUGGCAUUUUUAUGCAAAUUAGGGGUUCUGUUGCAAGUACUACAUGAGAUCAACCUUGUGAGGAAGAAGUACUAGUGUUGCUGUUCUUUCUCUGAUAUCCAGAGAGCUUAAGAAGUCUUAUAGGAAGAGAGUUCUCUUAUUCAGAGAUCUUAGGAUGUUGGACUAAUUUAAUUAUAAAUCAAUCCAACCUGAUAUAUAAUCCAUUUUUUUGAAAUCAGAGUACCAGUAAAGAGCGCUGAAUAGUUGCAGUGCUCAUCCAUAUCCAAGUAUCAAUGGAUUGCUACAACACAUCAAGGAGAUGCAUCUGUAGAGGUGGUAAAGAAUAUAUAUAUAUUUCCUUAAUUGUUUAAGAAUGAUUAGCUGUUAACCAAAGUACACUUCUAAAGACAGUCCUGUUGGACUUAGGAGAACUUAUACAGUGGUUCAUUUUUUGAAUGAUGUGUUGUUUUUAUGAAAAAUAUGUGCUAUGAUACAUUACAGUUGUAAGACACCUUGCUAUUUUCUAUAGAGCUCUUCCCCUCUCCAGGAUUUUAAAGUAGAAUUUGGUAUUUUGGGAGGAGAAUAAAACUUGUUUAACAAAUAAAGAGGAUAUUGAAGAGAUAUUGUUUAAAAUGGAAUGUACAUAAGAUUGUUAGUAGGCAAACAGUUGUGUUUAAAGUAAUUUAAAUGUAAAAUAUAGUUCUGUAUAUUUUUGACACUUAAACAGAUACAGUGUGUACUUUCCUGUCUGCAGUACUGGGCACAAAUUAGACAAAUGAAGAAGAGUUUUUUAUCUUCCUUGAUAAUUACAAGACUAGCUAUUUUCAUAAAUGGUGCAUUGCCAACAGCCUUUACUCUCUUGGUCUUGCUGAAGAAGAAUAAUUUGUAUUUAAUAACUGGUGUGUACAGAGGGAGGUUAAACACUAGAUGCACUUUGGACUAGGGCAGGAAUCAUAUGUGAUAAUACAAGUGAUGUUAAAAACAUAUUGUAAUUCUGGCCAUGAAGAUGCAGCCCUGCAGAGACAUAGGCUGUUAAAUUCAGUCCUUAAUUAUGUUUGAUUCUGGCUCAAUGGUGACUGAGAUUGGGACUGGCUUGUAACUUUUUGAUCAAACCAGACUCUGUUAUGACUGUGUUGCACCACUCUUUUCCACCUCCAUGAGAGUAGUUUGUCCUAGAGAGCUGGCCAGACACAGCUGCAGUGUACUUGAAUCCUCGACCAGUUUGGUCUCUGCUCUGAAACUGUAGUGUUGUAGGCACUGUGGUGUAGUCCAGCUCCAAAUCGACUAAACUGUUUUAAUUUAACCCAUGUCGAUAACUUCAUAUCAAAGUUAGAGAUGUUAUCUAAUCAAAGCUUAAAAAAAGAGUUGUUGCUUGUCUUUAAUGUCCUGUUUUCUAUGGUUUAAAAAUGAAUGGGGAAGGAUACAUUUUGGCAUACGCAUUCAUGCAUAUUGAUGUGGAAGAACCCAUGGAUACACUUGACUUGUAACCAGGCACGUUUUAAGGAUACUGAUAAGUUUCCUGCAUUUGGCCAGUUAGGUUUUCUUGAAAUUAGAUCUAAGAUAGUGAAAUAGGCUUGCUCUAAUUUAACAAGUACAUUUAAAUCACUGCAGCUAUGAGGAAAAAGCAAUUUGUAAGCAUUUAGGCAGAGGAACACUUUCAACAUUUUUUUUUUUGUCUUUUUUGAAAAUUGUUGCCUAAAUACAAGCUAACUCUUGCUAUGUGGAAUGGCUAUAUGUGGUUCUAAGAGGUCACCACUAAGCAAGAAUAUUUCUUGGCUCAGGUAUGCACAAAUAAUGUCUAAGUUAUUUCUUUACCAAAGAAGGAAGCAUGUAGCUCUUAUUUCCUUUUCAGUGUUUAUUACAAAAUGUUAAUAAUACUAGAAAAGUCCUUUCAAGAGAACUGAUAGAGUAGGUCUGGAGAUGGGCUUGGUGUUGUAUAGAGGACAAGUGUGCAGUUGCCACUGGAUGAUACAGUGCAAUUGGUUGAAUUUGCAAUUUGGUGCAGAUGUGCAGCACCAGCUAAUAAAGUCCU